AUGUACCCCAACAAGUCCCUCAUCCUCACCAACAUCCCCACGGGCCUCCCCACCCCACACAAAGACCUCACCCCCCUUCCCCGCCCCCUCGACAUCACCACCCCGCCCCCAAACCCACACUCCCUCCUCACCAAGCUCCUCUACGCCAGUCUGGACCCCUACAUGCGCGGCCGCAUGCGCCCCGCGCACAUCAAAUCCUACAGCCCACCGUACCCCCUCGACUCGCCCAUCACCGCCUACGCCGUCGCCCAAGUCGUGCACUCCACGCACGCAUCCUUCAAGACGGGCGAGAUCAUCUACGCGCGUCUGCCUAUCCAGGAAUACAGCAUUCUGUCUAUAUCCCCAGCCUCCACCAGCGAAGCUGGAGGGGAAACAUGGACGCUGGAGAACAGCCUCGACGGGGCAAACAGUCCCGUGCAGAAGAUCCCCACCCCGCUGCCCUCGGGGAUUGAGCUGUCUCAGUACGUGGGCAUCCUGGGAAUGACGGGGUUGACUGCAUACGCGGGACUGUUUGAGAUCGGGGAACCGAAGAAGGGCGAGACGGUGUUUGUGAGUAGUGCUGCCGGGGCGGUGGGGAGUGUUGUUGGCCAGCUGGCGAAGCGGAUUGGGUGUAGGGUGAUUGGGAGUGCGGGGGGAGAAAGGAAGAGGAAGUAUGUGGUGGAGGAGUUGGGGUUUGAUGAGUGUUUUGAUUAUAGGGUUGAGGGGGCGAAGGAGGCGUUGGGGAGGUUGGCUGGCGGAGAGGGUGGAAGUGGUGUGGAUGUGUAUUUUGAGAAUGUGGGUGGGGAGCAGUUGGAUGCUGUGUUGGAGGUUAUGAAUAACGGGGGGAGAAUUGUGGCUUGUGGAAUGGUCUCGCAGUAUAAUCUCAAGCCGGAGGAACGGUACGGCCUCAAGAACCUGUAUAAUGUUGUCACGAAGAGGCUGCGCAUGCGCGGGUUUAUUGUUGGGGAUAAGGAUAUAGGGCCCAAGUGGAUCAAGGAGAGGAAUGAGAAGGUUACUGCUUGGUUGCAAGAGGGCAGUAUCAAUGCCAAGGAGGAUAUCACGGUUGGCAUUGAGAAUGGUCCAGAGGCGUUUGUUGCCAUGCUGCGUGGAGAGAACUUGGGCAAAGCGGUUUUGAAGAUUGCAGACCCUGAUUUGUAG